GGGAGGGCGGAGCUGCCGGCGGCCCGGGCGGGCUGGCAGCUAGAGUGGGUGCGAUAGCCGCCUCCGCCUCUGCCGCCUCCGCUGUCGCCUCCUCCGCCCGGGCCGUUCGCUGCUGCGCGGGGAGAGCGAGGCGGGGCCGCCGGGGCCGCCAUGGAGCCCGACUCGGUGAUUGAGGACAAGACCAUCGAGCUCAUGUUACCGAAGUGCAUGUUUGGGAUUUUGUUGAAGAAAGCUGGAUACAGUAAACGGAAAGAAUCUUGGAAGAUGCUUGACUGCUGUCUUUUCUCAGACUAGUCUGAAAGGGAAAACCCCCAUUCAUUCUGGAUUGGUGGAUCUGAAGUACAAAAUAUUUUCCAGUGUUCUGUGCCAAGGUCUUUGUGGCUAGGCUGCGCCAACCUGGUAGAGAGCAUGUGCGCACUGAGUUGCCUGCAGAGCAUGCCCAGUGUCAGAUGUCUCCAGAACACUUCAGUUAUGGAAGAUCAAAAUGAAGAUGAGUCCCCAAAGAAAAAUACUCUUUGGCAGAUAAGUAAUGGAACAUCAUCUGUGAUCGUCUCCAGAAAGAGGCCAUCAGAAGGAAACUAUCAAAAAGAAAAAGACUUGUGUAUUAAAUAUUUUGACCAGUGGUCUGAAUCAGAUCAAGUGGAAUUUGUGGAACAUCUUAUUUCACGAAUGUGUCAUUAUCAGCAUGGACAUAUUAACUCUUACCUGAAGCCCAUGUUGCAGCGGGACUUUAUUACCGCUUUACCAGAGCAAGGCUUAGAUCACAUAGCAGAAAACAUUCUUUCGUACCUGGAUGCCAGGUCUCUGUGUGCAGCAGAGCUGGUAUGUAAAGAAUGGCAGCGAGUGAUCUCAGAAGGAAUGCUUUGGAAGAAGCUGAUUGAACGAAUGGUACGCACUGAUCCCCUAUGGAAAGGACUUUCAGAAAGAAGAGGGUGGGAUCAGUACCUGUUUAAAAACAGACCCACAGAUGGCCCUCCAAAUUCAUUUUAUAGGUCAUUAUACCCAAAGAUUAUCCAGGAUAUAGAGACUAUAGAAUCUAACUGGCGGUGUGGACGACACAACUUGCAGAGGAUUCAGUGCCGCUCUGAAAAUAGUAAAGGUGUCUACUGUUUACAGUACGAUGAUGAAAAAAUUAUCAGUGGCCUACGAGAUAAUUCUAUUAAGAUUUGGGAUAAAACCAGCCUGGAAUGUUUGAAAGUGUUAACAGGACACACAGGCUCUGUCCUCUGUCUGCAGUAUGAUGAGCGUGUCAUUGUAACCGGCUCUUCAGAUUCUACAGUGAGAGUGUGGGAUGUGAACACGGGUGAAGUUCUUAACACAUUGAUCCACCACAACGAGGCCGUACUGCACUUACGCUUCAGCAAUGGACUGAUGGUGACCUGUUCCAAGGACCGCUCCAUUGCUGUGUGGGACAUGGCUUCUGCGACCGAUAUCACUUUACGCCGUGUCCUGGUUGGCCACCGGGCUGCUGUCAAUGUAGUAGACUUUGACGACAAGUACAUCGUGUCCGCCUCUGGUGACAGGACCAUCAAAGUCUGGAGCACGAGCACCUGUGAAUUUGUUCGUACUCUCAAUGGGCACAAGCGAGGCAUUGCCUGUCUCCAGUACAGGGAUCGGCUGGUUGUUAGUGGAUCAUCAGAUAAUACCAUUAGGCUCUGGGAUAUUGAAUGUGGUGCCUGUUUAAGAGUCCUAGAGGGACAUGAAGAAUUGGUCCGAUGCAUCCGGUUUGAUAACAAGAGGAUUGUCAGUGGGGCCUAUGAUGGGAAAAUUAAAGUUUGGGACUUGCAAGCUGCUCUUGACCCUCGAGCCCCAGCAAGCACAUUGUGUUUGCGCACACUGGUGGAACAUUCUGGACGUGUGUUUCGGCUCCAGUUUGAUGAGUUUCAGAUCAUCAGCAGCUCCCAUGAUGACACUAUUUUGAUUUGGGAUUUCUUAAAUGUGCCUCCCAGUGCCCAGAAUGAGACCCGUUCUCCCUCCAGAACAUACACUUACAUCUCUAGAUAACAGUCUGCACUUUCACCCGUUUCAGGGUUUUCUAGUCUUGAACUACUGGCUACAUGGCUACCAAAUGCCUAAGGGAGUUCGUUCACAGCUGAGUUAUGAAGCUGGAAUUGGUUCUAGACGCUGGGUAGAUGCAAAGCAGCCUAACUCUUCAAGUACCGACAUUUCUCACCUCUGAUUCCAGCUCUCCUUUGAGAAGGAGACCUUAGCUUCCCCGGCUUCAAGUAGAACAGAAGCCUGUUUCCUUCCCCCAUCAGUGAAAAAAUCUAAUGUUUCAAAUGUAAAUUGUUCAUAGAAAAGGAACAUAGAAUCUGUUUUACGGAAGUAAAUCGACCGUCAAGAGAAGACUUGGCCUCUAAUUUAUGUUGCUUUGCACUUUGGUUUGGUAUUAAGAAACAGCAUUCUUCUUCAGUGAAAUUUUGGGUGCCAAACACCUACCCAGAAUGUCCAGGGCUUUCAUUUUCAAAAGUUAGCAUUCUCCUUUUGACUGUCCAAGUCAUCGUGAAUUCUGACUUGUUGUAUUAGGAACAUGUUGGACAAUGGAAAAAUUUCUCUGGAUUGUUUUAGUAAUAUUUUUGGGAUUAUACUUCCUUUCUGUACCAAUUUCUUUUAAUUUAAAGAACUGUAAGUCAGUUAUAUUAUCUACCAACAGGUAAUAUAGCUCUUUCUUUUAUUAACUGUUCUCUGUCCCCCAACCAUCUCCUGAUAUUUGGUAGAGUAACACCUUUCUACGUGUGCUUGCCUCCUAAUUUAAAAUACUGUAUUCGCAUGUAGAUAUAAUGUACAUAACAGUUUAACCUCAAAGUUGCUGGAGUCAGGGCCCCCUGUGCUUGAGACACUAAUACAGAGUGUGUUCGCACUUCGCCAUGGGCUGGCCUCAAGAACCUGAUACCAGGGUUGAUGUGGAUUGCCUAGAACCCUUCCUGCAGUAUUCAUACGGUGUUUUUAUUUUGUUGUUGUCAUUGUGUGUGUGUGGUUUGUGUGUGUUUUUAAUGAGAAUCUUGUUUUAAAAUGUAAUUUCUAAAGUUUAACAAAAAAAUGUUUUAUUUGUUGUGGAGUAUAUAUUAUACAAUAGAGAGGUACCUUAAACAUUUUUUGUUCUUAUUCUUUUUCUCAUAAGUACUCCUGAGUACAAGUGGUCGCCUCCCAUAGUAUUCAUUUGGCUUCACUGUCAAAAAUCAUUAUUCUGUGCAGUCGUGGCCCUGGGAAGGGGAAAUAAGAAGGCCCUGUUGACGGGCUGUCUUGGCUCUGGAAUUCAUGCAUCCUGGCCUUGCCAAGGUUCUGGCAGGGCCUGCUGGUGUGUUGGAGCCUGCAGGGCAGGUCAGGCUGGUUCAGAGGCCCAUGCUGAGGGGUGGGUGCUCUUAAGUGGAGUAAAGCCUCAAGCCCAUGGAUGCCACCCCAGUCAUCUCUGGUGUCAGCUGCUGCUGUGGCCCCAGCAGGUUCUCAAAGCUCCCAAGUACUCCCGACGACACAGCCCAAAUGUGUAAGUGGCACUGUUGCCCUGACAGUGCAUGGAAAGGACGUUGGCAUCCAACUGGCACUCCUUCUCCCUUAUUCAAUGUUAGGUUUGAUUUGCCCUUUGCCAUUGUUUCCAAAGAUCAAGGAAUGUCAAUAACAUUUUAAAGGACCAAUAAACAGCCUCCUAUAAAGUAAACCUCUUCCCGUGGAAGCACACUCUACUACUAAAGGGAAGGCCCCUGGGCUCUGAUUUGUCCUUUGCAUUGAGAACGGUGUGGGGAUCAAUGUAUGUGUAUGUGAUUUGUUUAUCGAGUUGGCUUUGCUUUUUUAGUUUUUCUUUUAAAAAUCCUUCCUUCCCAUGUUACUAAAUUAAUUUAUGUUUUUGAGAGGUUGAGUCUCAAAGUGUAAACAAUAAACCUCCAUUCAUAAGGUGGAUGUUGUAAGCUUGAUGGUGGUUGUGAAAGUGAUUGAGCUUUGACCACUUUUCGUCUUACAGCUUCAAUAUCAAACUGGUUAGGAAAGCCCAGGGGGAAGGGAGGGGGCAGGGGAGGAGGCAAUUCUGAAUGAAUGAAUGGAUUUUUUGUUGUUUUUGCAUGUUUAAUAUAGAAGUUCCCCUUGUUCCUUGGGAGAUCAUGGCCUUUGAAUAUGCACACAACCUUUGAAUUGUGCCUACUAAAUUAUAGCAGGGGACUUUGGCACCCAAGGAGUUCUGACUUUCUGGGAUUAUAAUAGUAAUUCCCAGCCAUACUCUGGACUUUAUUUUGCUAACCAUAAUUGAGCAAAUGUAAAUUACUGCUAUAUUAAUGUUUUAAAGCACUGGGAUAGUCUAAUUCUAACUUGUAAUUAAUUAUGUUUGCCAAUUAUCUGUUUGAAAUAAAUUUGUGUCUGAACAGCUAUUGAAACUGUUAAAUUGUACAGAUAUUAUUCAUGACAGCUUUGUACUGUGGAAUGUGCUUAAUAAAAAACAAAAAAGUUUGACUUUUGUCCAAUAAAUUGCUAAGUAAUGUCAAUAAAUCAAGUAUGGGUGUUAUGCAGUGCACCUAAUCUGGCUUCAUGCAAUUGUUACUUCAGCUACUGAUUCAAAGCCAAUACUCUUAAUAAAGUGUUGCAAUACCCUGA